ACAAAAGAUUUAAGUGCCUUUGAACGGGGUAUGUUAGUAGGUGCCAGACACGAUAUUAGGAAGGUGUUCCUGAUGUUUGAUAUAUUCAGUGUAUAUUGCAUUAUGACAGUCAUUGUAGUUGGCCUUUGCUGUUACAAUAAUGUCAGAUUCAGGGUGCACAACUUCACCUCAAGGUUCCUAGUAGUGUAUUCUAGUUUUCAAUUCAUYUUGAGUAUUCUGGGUUAACAGCCUGUUUGCGUCUUCUACCUUGCCAGGUCUACAUUGGGUAAUGUAAGGGAGAAAACCUGCAGUGGCGCUUCUCUAUUAUUAUUAUACCUGUGAAAAAUUAUUUGUUAGUGAAAUUGUGACUCCCCUUCAUACAAAAUGGUCUCCCCACCCCCCAUUGUACUUCUAAUGGUAUCCCCUGAUGUUUUGUUUGUUUUGUCUAUGUUCUGUGACCACUCUCAGCUGGCCAGAGAGAUGAGCAUUACUCAUUUGAAAACAUGUUUUUGACCGAGGACGGACCAAUGUUAUACUUUUCCCCUCUAUUGUACCUUGUUUCUUACCUUUCACCAUACACAUUCUGUUGCAAUAUAGCUGUUUUUUUCUGCUGGCAAGCACUUCAGUACGUGUUAAAUGCUGAAAACAUUUAAAUCACUGUUUGUUAACGGUGUCAAAUGCAUGAACAUUGAUUUCAAAUUGAAAUAAUACUUUUUGGAAAUAAUACUUUUCCGUUUCCACAUUGUGUAUACUUGAUUGGCUGCAAUUUACAGUGAAUACAAAUGAUGGAAUGAAUGGUUUCCAUGGACUUGUCAGUCGCUAGGUGGCACUAUGCGCCUAUUUUAAACAUUUUGGAACUCCCAUUACCUUCUUAUCAAGACGUGCUUGUUAACAGGACAAACAGGAAGUGUGUAAGGUUUGGGAGAGUAGUUGAAAAGUCUUGUAGCUAAUGUCAAAAAUUACGUUUCUGGUGCGUCGAGGAAUUGCCGAGUAAAUUGCAUUUGUUGUAACGAGGUGGUCUAUAUAAGUCAAUCAUUGUUCCUUUAUAAUUUCAGUCGGAUACAUGUAGCCAGCCAGCCAUAAUUUACGCGUCACAGAGACUACAAAGGCAUUGAUUGACUGCGUGAUGAUGUGUGCAACAGCUCUUUCUUACUAGCUCAUUAUUUUAGGAUUGAUUUAGAGUGAUAGAGUAGCUAGCACCUGGUUGUAUCGUAUUCACGACGUGGAGUGACGAUGACAUUACAAGUGGGUUGCCUAUCAUUCAAGCAGCCAUAUGCAGGAUUAGUACUGGACGGUGUAAAAAGUAUUGAGACACGUUGGCGCCCUCUGUUGUCCACAAUGGAAAACUGCACUCUAGCUAUUCAUAUUGCGCAGAAGGACUGGGAGGCCGACCAGUGGAGAGACAUCCUCACCCAUACACUGGGAAUGAGCCACGUGCAAAUAGAGGAACUUCUGGCAUCCGGAGACAGAUUUGGCCGUGGAGUCGUAGCAGGCUUGGUGGAAGUGGGGGAGACCUGGUGCUGCUCUGACAAUGUGCCAGAGAAGGAUCUGAGGGAGCUGGAGAAGGCAGCAGUGCUCACUGGGCUCACAGAGAAACACCUCACACAGCUGUCAAACCCACGCUGGCUCAAGGAACCCCUUUAUGCCAGAGGUCACAAAGACAUAUGGACAGUAGAUAUCCCAGUGCAAUUACUGCCAUCUGCGUAGUUGUAGUAAAAUAAUGUAUACUCAUUUUGUACUGACAGGAUCAUCUAUCAAGUUAGGGAGGCAAUAUAUUUGUAGACUACUCGCUUUCGCUUUAAGGUGCAAUAAAUGACCAAUGGACCAAA